AUGUAUAUCCAAGAGCCAGAAUAUAAUAAAAAAUUCAAUGAACCUGAAGAAGUGCUUAAUCUCUCCACUAAUCAUUGGAUUAAAAGGAAAGGAAAAUUAUAUAAUAGAUUGUUAUGCGAAGGAUAUAAAUAUGCCAGAGAUCUUAUACAUUAUUUAGAAGAUAUUUUACCAAUCGAUUUAGAUGAAUACAGUACAAUUUACCCCCUAGCUGACUUUUAUUAUCCUGCUCUAAUACCACCUCUUUCUAUUUUAGCUCAAAGAGGAGACAUAUGUAGAAGAUAUCCAAUUACUAUAUCAUCUAUUAUUGAAGGAGGAAUGAAAUUUCUUGAAAACCUUACCAAUAAUAAGAAGUGGAAUCAGGCUCGCAGACGCCUUCAGGAUAGUUUUAAAUUUAGCAGUGAACAAGUAGAUGUAUUGAUACCUAAUCAGAGAAGUGGGAAAAAUAAAACUAUAAAUUUGGUUGAAGGUAAUUGUAGAAUAGCAAUAACCAAGCCUCCAAAAAGUUUAGAAGAAGAGAUCAUCAGAGAGAAAGCAAAACAAAUCUUACAAAAUAGAUAUAGGUUUAGUGAAGAUCAAGUAAAUGCCUUAUUCACAAUUCUGAAAAAUGAAAAUAAACUUAGCAUUAGAGAUAUAAGAGCUGAAGCUUAUGCCUUAGAACUAUUAGCAAAAAAUGCUAAUGCUGGCUCAUCACAUCUCACUCGUCUUCAUAGAGAAUUAAGGAAUCUUAAUGCAUUACUUGAGAUAAUUGAGAGUGUCAAUCAAAAAAAAGCUGAAGCUAAAUAUAUUGAUUAUUCAGAUGAAUUUAUAUUAGAAUCAGUCAAAGAAAGAUUAGAUGCGUAUGAUAUUAAAACUUUACCUGAUUGUCAGGCUCUUGCUGAUGUUAUAGUGAUGCUUUGUAUUCAUCCUGCUGAACUUAAAACUUUACAUAUUACAGAUACUGGAGUGACAGGAUAUGCGAAGAAUUUAGGUAAGCCAGAAGUUAAGUGGUUCAAUAAAUUCUUAAAAGAUUAUGAUUUCAUUCCUAAAUAUUUAUGUAAAUUAGGAGCAGUUUAUAGUGCAGUAGCACAUGAGGCUAAGAAUAUAGCUCAUGCUUAUACAAUUGCUAGAGAAUGUCUACGUCAUUCAUCUAAUAAUCAUACUUCUCCUGUGCAAAAUUACAUUGUAGUCAAUUAUAGAAAAAGAGGAGAUUCAGAGCUGAACCCAGAUUCAGAUGAGGACUCAGAUACAGUAUCGUUAAAAAUUG